AUGAUUCCUAAAUUUAAGCUGAGCCUCUGGAAAUGUUACGAGGCAACGUUGAAUGACCUACCCAAAACUAACAACGCCGUUGAUGGCUGGCAUCACGGACCUAGAAUUAAAAAAGUGUGCAUACUCUUUCCGUGUUGGCAGCUGUGCCAGGCCGAUGAUCGAGUGGGUACACCUAUGUCAUUUGAGGCGGUUGACAGGUUGGACACCUUGUGUUGGGUGUUGAGUGGCACCCAGAUGGAGACUAUUUCUGUUGUGUCUUAUGCCUUGAACCAUCACCUGUACAAUGCAACAAAUAUGCUGGAUGAUAUGACUAUGAACUUUUCAAAAAAAUUUGAAAAUUUUUGCAGAAUGUCGCAUGAAGAUUUUGAAUAUUUGCUAAAUAAAAUUGGACCAUCAAUAGCAAAGAUGGACACCAAUAUGCGAAAAUGUAUCCCUAUCCAAGAAAAAUUAGCUGUUACAUUGAGAUUUUUAGCUUCUGGAGACAGUUUUGUUAGUUUAUCGUACAUGUUUAAAUUCUCUCCACAAGCAGUGUCAAGAUGUGUUCAAGAAGUUUGCAGAGCAUUAGUACAAGAAUUAAAAGAUGAAAUUAAGUUGCCCCAAACCACAGAUGAAUGGCUGAAG